UUAUGGAAGAUAUUGAAGGACAUAUUAUUGACGGAAAUAGUAAUGAAUGUUUAAGUAACUUAGGAAAACUAAAGGAUACGCUGGAAAACACUUAUGAAAUGGUGGACAGACUCUCCAACUGUAUAGAUGAGUUGGAGAGGAAAGUAAAUGAACUAGAACAGGAAAUUAACAACUUAAAAGAUGAAGUAAAUAAAACGAAAUUUUUUAGUGUCUAUAGAAUCUGGAUAAGAACAUUUAUGAACGAGGUAAUAACGAAGCUAGGAGGUGGAGAAAAAUGGCGUCUUGCGGAAAACGGUCUCCAAUAUCUCAGUAAUAAUAUGGUAUUGACAAAGGAGGAAAAAGUAUGUGUUGAAAAUUUAAAAAAAUUAUUAGAAGAUAAAGACAUCGGAAUGGAUAUCAAAGAUAUAAAGGUAUUACAAGAGGCGAGGGAAAGAAGUAACAGUAUGUUUCAUAAGAA